AUGUCUUCUGGUAAACACAACCCACCUGAGGGCCAUUUCGGAGUCCAAAGUUGCUUUCUAGACAGUUUUAUACAAAACAUAGAAAAUGUGAACUUCGACUCGUUCAACGAUGAAGGUGAGCGAAUGCAGGCUUUGUCAGCAACACAGGCUCUGUUGGCUCGUCUCGAGUCCCCAUGGGAUACGACUGUCCGACUCAACAUGACUCAGCCAGCUCUCGGUGCGGCUUUGAAAACUGUCAAUGACUUGCAGCUAUUUCAAAAGUGGCACGAGCAUGGGAAUGGUUCAUUGACCAGUACUCAAGCGGCAGAGAUUGUUGGUGGCAAAUGCGACGCCCGCCUCCUCUAUCGGCUAUUACGUCUAAUGGCAGCAAAUCAUAUCGUGAAAGAAGGACCAUUAGGAACAUUACAGCCGACACAGUUUAGCAUGAGCAUAACCGCGCCGGUGUUUCAUGGGCUGUUCAAUAGCUAUUAUAACCUUAUUCUGCCCAUUUACGCCCAUCUUCCUCGUUUCUUCGAGAAGACUGGGUACGCGAACCCCGAAGACCCUAGAGCAACAGCGUUCCAGUUUGCCCACGGGUGGGAGGGAGAUCUUUGGUCUUACUACACAGCGCAUCCUGACGAGCAAGAUGAAUUCAAUACCAUCCAGAAAACUAUUGCUUCACAGCAGCCAGUAUGGACGGAUAUAUUUCCAAUUGAAACGCUACUCGAUGCGGAACCCGGCACACCGCUUGUAGUAGAUGUCGGAGGGGGAACAGGUCAUGAUCUCAUAGUCUUUCAUCAAACCGAUCCAAAGGUAGCUUCCCAGCUAUAUCUCGAGGACCUGGAGUCAGUUAUUGAGAAGGCGCCUAUGCCCACUGGCAUUAAUAAAGUUGCAUACGACUUUUUUACGCCUCAGCCAGUCAAAGGCGCUCGUGCAUACUUAAUGCAUUCUAUUCUCCAUGAUUGGCCGGACGAACUGGCUCGGAAGAUAUUGGCGGCUCAAAAGGAGGCUAUGACACCAGGUUAUAGCAGACUUCUGCUCCAUGAACACAUUGAUAACGAGGGUCCUGCAAAUCCGCAAACCGCUGCAUUUGACAUCCAAAUGAUGGUACUAGUGGGUGGUAGGGAACGCUCCGAGAAGGAUUGGCGAGAACUUCUCGAAUCAGCUGGCUUCGUUGUCAUAAAGAUAUGGAAGCUGCCUUCUGCAACCCAGAGCAUUAUCGAAGCGGAAGUACCUGUUUAA